AUGGCACACGACUCGUCGUUUUUGUUUUCCGGCAUUCGUUUCAACAGAAACAAGUUCGGCGCCGAUAUCGCUAGGUUUCAGAAAAAAGGUAGAGUUACUGAUUCGGUGAAGAUUUUGAGCGUCGCUGAAGACGAAAGCGCGAAAACGAGGGAAGUAGUGGAAGAGAAAACGGCGUCCACGAAGAAGAGGAAGCGCAAGCGAACCUCUUCUGAAACUGUUGAAGGAUUCAACGUGUUUAGAAGUUCCACAUCUGUGGCGCAGUCUAAUGGUGAAACGCAAGCUGAUGAGGAGUCUAUUGAGCUGAAUAAGAAGAAGAAGAAGAAGAAGGAACAAAAUCGACAACUCGAGCGGGACGCGAUAUUCAGGAAGCAGCACAACAUUCACGUUUCUGGUUAUAAUGUGCCAUCUCCGCUUCAAAGCUUUGAUGAGUUGAAAUUAAGAUACAACUGUCCAUCGUAUUUGCUGCGCAAUCUUAAGGAGCUUGGAUUCAGAGAACCAACUCCUAUUCAAAGACAGGCUAUUCCAGUACUUCUAGAUGGUGGUGAAUGCUUUGCUUGUGCACCAACUGGUUCUGGGAAAACCCUUGCUUUUGUGUGUCCAAUGCUUAUGAAGCUGAAGGACCCUGAAAAAGGUGGCAUUCGAGCUGUUAUCUUAUGUCAUACCCGUGAACUAUCCGCUCAAAUAUUUCGAGAGUGCAAAAAGCUUGCCAAAAGAAAAAAAUUUCGUGUCAAGUUAAUGACUAAAAAUCUCUUAAGAAAUGCUGAUUUUUCAAAGUUUCCAUGUGAUAUUCUAAUAUCCACGCCACUCCGAUUACAAUUGGCUAUCAAGAAGAAAAAGCUUAAUCUCAGUAGAGUUGAGUAUCUGGUCCUGGAUGAAUCGGAUAAGCUCUUUGAGCCGGAACUAUUUAAGCAGAUUGAUUCUGUUCUCAAGGCAUGCUCCAAUCCCUCAAUCAUACGCUCACUGUUCAGUGCUACUUUACCUGAUUUUGUUGAAGAUCGAGCUCGAGAACUUAUGCAUGAUGCUGUUCGUGUAAUUGUUGGCAGGAAGAAUAUGGCCUCUGAAACAAUAAAGCAAAAAUUGGUUUUUACUGGAAGUGAAGAUGGAAAACUUACUGCAAUUCGCCAAAGUUUUGCAGAGAGUUUAAAUCCUCCAGUAUUGGUCUUUCUCCAAAGCAAGGAACGGGCCAAGGAGCUGUACGGUGAACUUGCAUUUGACAACAUUAGAGUCGAUGUCAUCCAUUCUGAUUUGUCUCAACAAGAGCGAGAAAAUGCUGUUGAUAACUUCAGAGCUGGAAAAACAUGGGUUUUGAUUGCUACUGAUAUAGUUGCCCGAGGCAUGGAUUUCAAAGGUGUGAAUUGUGUGAUCAAUUAUGAUUUCCCUGAUUCUGCCUCCGCAUAUGUCCACAGAAUUGGUCGUUCUGGCAGGGCAGGGAGGGCUGGAGAAGCGAUUACUUUUUACACAGAGGAAGACAUUCCAUUCCUACGAAAUGUUGCUAAUCUUAUGGCAGCAUCGGGCUGUGAAGUUCCAUCCUGGCUCAUGGAGUUGCAGAAAAAGAAGUGGAAGAAGCACCGGCCCAAAAGAGAUUCAAUCUCAACAAAACCAGACCUAUAA